UUAGCCAUCUUUUUAAUAAUUUAAAAAAAAAAAAAAGAUUCUGCUCCUAAUUUUCUUCCCGUGUGGUUAUGGUAAAGAAGUUGAUGUCAUUUGAGCAGGACAAUUAACCCUCUGAUGAAACACUAGGCAUGCAAUAGAUAUAGGAUUACUUCCUUCAGAAAGAAGCACCACCACGCUACAGUGUAAUGAAGCCGUUAUCUGCAACCGUUUCAGGAUGUUGCUGCAGCAAAAUACAUUUUUGGACUUGAUUUUUACCUGUUCAGUUUAAUUUCUGGAGCUUCAAAAUACUAUGAGGUGUGUUUUGCAAUACUUGCUGUUCAUCUGUGCAUUUCUGAGCAUCAGAAAAAAUGGGAAACAUACCUAAUUACUGCGGCGAGGCCUUGGAGAGGAUUCCUUGAAAGCGCUAGGAUGCCUGGCUGUUUUAAAAAGACUUUAUUUGCCUUGGCUUCUGUAAUAAGUUUUGCAUCUUUUAUCUUGAUUGUUGUUGCAAUGGGGACCCAGAAGUGGAUGACUGGAAAGAUCCUUUGCAAAACAGGAGUCGAUUUAGUCAAUGCCACAGAUCCAGAGAUGGUCAAGUUCAUCGGAGAAAUUUAUUACGGACUCUUUCAGGGUGGCAAAAUCCGCCAGUGCGGGUUGGGUGGGCGUCGUUCCAAAUUCACAAUUUUCCCACAUAUGGUGAAAAAGCUGAAUACAGGCCUGCAUGUGAUGAUUAUAAUGUUCCUUUGUGUGGCCCUUUUCUUUUCUCUGGUCAGUUUUGGAUUCUGCAUUCUUAACGCAAUCAAAGUUCCCUACCGCGCUAUUAAAGGCCCAGCAGGAGUAUGUCUUUGGAAUUUCCUUGCAGGUGGAUUUAUAGUACUUGCAGUCACCAGCUUUAUGGCUGCUGUAAAACUUCAUCACCUCACAGAAAGAAUUGCCAAUUUUCGGGAAAAUGUCUUUCAGUUUGUAAUCUUAGAAGAACAGUUUGAAGACUGUUUUUGGCUUUGUGUGGCAAGUGCCACAGCGCAUGCAGUAAAUUUAUUGCUACUAGCCGUAAGUGGGAUUCAUUUCCCUAAAGUUAAGACUAAAACAGAAGACGUAAAUGUUGCACCAGAAGAUAUCAUGUACUAAUAAGUCUACAUAAAGUACUAAUAGCUCUACAUAAAAUUACUUUGAUGAAGUGAACUCUCAUGAUAGAAACAGCCCCUUGGCUCUUUAGCUUUUGGUUUGGAUGGACAAUUUCGUUGCAGUCAUCAGUAGAGAUCCCACUUGCAAAAAUCUUCAGUAUUUUUUAAGUUCAGGCUACAGUACCAGCAGUUAAUGAUGUUAAGCGUUCCCCUAAUGAUGUUAAGGGGAAAAAGAAAUGCUAGAAAUAUAAUCAUUUUCAAAACUGAGUGAUAUAUGCAGUGAAUAUAUGCUAUCCACUGUCGUUUUUACAAAAUUUUCAUCUGAUAUGUUUUAGAAAACUGUGAUGAAAUAUGUCUUUUCUGUUCAGAAAGAAAGAUAUGUAUCAUCAAUCUUUGAUAAUAUAGAUUUAUUUCAAAACAGAAAGAAUGGAUAUUUGCCAAUUACUUGCUCAGAAUUACCUGGGAUAUUUGAGAGGACCACAUAAGAUAUGUUUGCUGAUGUGCUGAAGCACCCUUCUAAAAAGAGAACUUCAGUAUCUGUGAAGCUAAAGUUUAGGAGAAGCACAGGCCUGUGUGAAAUGGUGUUAAGACAGAAAUUAUCAAAUCCCAGAAGGUAACGAAGUGAGAAAAGUGAAGUUUAUAGGAUGCUAGUAGGCGAUGAAAAAAUUACCUUCAAGAUGAAGGUUUCAUUGCAGCCUCUGAAGGGAAACAAGCUAAGUAAUAGUGCUUUCAGAACACGUGAAAAAUAACAUUAUGGCAGAUGAAUGGUGUUCAGACCUCUGCCAAUUCUUGUUUCUAUCUGAGAUCAAGUAAAAAUAAUGUAUGAUGGAACAGUACUAAAAUGAAAACAAAAAUUAAAAUGGUUAAACGGAUGGAAAAGUUACUUCGUUAUGAAGUACCAGAAUUUUCAUGGGCUUUCAACCAAUUUUCAGGUCACAAGUAAUAAAUAUUUCAGUGAAAAGAAUAUGCAAUUAAACACAUCAUUUUUAGAAUAUAACUACCAUAGUGAACGCAUACCAACUGUUUAGUGAUAGAAAAUACAGAUAAAGGAAGAAUUUAUUUAAAUUAAUGAAAGAAGUUAUAAUCUAAAGUAAUGUUAGGAAAUUAUUUUGCAGGCAAUUACUCAUAGUCAAACCAUCAGGUUUUGUAACUCUACUCUUGUGAAAAGCUCCUUGAAGAAAUAACAACAUCUUUUAGGAAAGAGAUUUGAAGUGUUAAAAGAACAUGUCAGGAUAUAUAAGAAUUCCUUCGUUUUUAUUUGAAAAUAUCUCUGCACAAAAAUAGUAUUAUAAGGGCCAAGUAUUUUCAGAAGUGCCUAUAACUAUAUUUUAUGUCUCCAAAUAACUAGUUUUAUCACUGAAAUGCGCAGAACGCUCAGUAAAGAAAGUUAGCACAGUGAGCAGAUAUUCAGCACGUUUGCAGACUAGGCCACUUAUUUAGAUAAGUAUGUAAGGACUUAUACCUCACCUUAAGCCUCUGAGUGGAGCCAACUUUGGCCCAAAUACUUAUUUUUCUUGCUCUUUUUACUUUCUUUUACCUCGAGGCUGAUGAAAACUGAUGUUUAAUGGAGUAAAUUCUAUUUCCAUGCAGUAUUCUUAUAAAGUCAGUUUUACUGUUGUAAAAUUCUACUUAAAGUACUCUUAAUUUACAAAGCAGACCCAAACCACAGCAUUCACUAAACAACCAGGUUGGACUUGGACAAAUGCAUUAUUGCACAUCCUUCUCCAGCAGUGUAUGUUCAUGUUCUGUGUGAGGAAAGAAAUGAAAAUGAUGCAUUCAUCUUCAGCACAUAUUUGGCAGUCAGUGGCCUACUUUCAGAGGAAAUGUUAUUAGCCAAAGACAAUCUACAGCUGUAAUAAGCAGUCUCUGUUACCAUAACCUAUACCUCUCUCAUUUUGGCCCUACGAGGUUAGCAGGAUUGUGAGGGGAACAGAAGUUGGCGAGACUACUUUUGCAACAUGUACUCAUAGUCUGUCUUCUUCAGGACAGUGUUAGUCACUGUUCUUCAGGAGCAGUAAAAUAAAUAACAAAAUCCCAUUAAGAUUUAAAAGGCAGUUGGGAUGUUUUGAGGAGUCUGGAGCACUGUUACAAUUUUAGCAUGAAGGGGACUCAGUAAGGCAGCAAAACCGAUUCCUAACUCAUACCACCCGUUUAAUUGUUUAACUUAACUGGUGUUUUUACUCAGCCUCUACCUGGGCCAAGAAGAUGCUGUGAUAUCCAGUAUAUGGGUAGCCAGCAGACCAACCCAGUAUAUGAAGGCACCCAAUAUCUUACAGCACCGUGCAAUCCACAGAUCUGGCCACGGUGAUGUCCUCUGCGAUGCCACCACCUUCACCUUUCACCAAAUUCUAAGUGGCUCUGAAAUACAAGACCUUAAACUGCAAUAUAAUUACACAAAUAGUUCAAUAUAAAAUGAAAUACUUACCAUUUGUAAUUGUUUUAUGAACAUGUAACUUAGUAGUUGUUGUGGUACAGAAAAAAACAUAUUGUAACACAUACUUUAUCCAUUACUAAAUAUAACUCUCUUCAGGAAGUGAAAAGAAAGCAGAUUUAGAGCUCCUUCAUGUAGAAAGAUAGCUUCAGAAAUUCUUUUCAGUAGUAGUAUUUGCAUGUAUACACAUUCGUUAUGCUGCUGACAAACCGCGUAAUCCCCCCAAACCUAAUUAUUGAAUAACAGCAGUGGGAAUACUCACUUGUCAGGCAAGGACAAGAUUGAAGAGUUGUUGGACUGGAUUCCUAGAUAGGUCACUAGCUCUAAAAGUACAAUUAGAGUAUACUGUAUAAAUAAAGAGAGAUAACUCAGCUGAUCUGCUUUUUGAUCUGUGUGUUGAAACUUAUCAAUGAUGAAGCAUGCUCUGCAGUAAUGGUCCAAUGGUUUUCCACAGUAGAUACAUGCAGCAUUUCUGGGUAUUACUGUAGGAUAUUGUAACAUCGUGAGUUGAAUGACCAAAUAACAUUAGGAUCCAAUAAUUAUUUUGUGGCAUGUGAGAAAAGAAUAUCUUCAGUUAACUUUACAGUGAACAGGAGUAUUAUCAUGUAUGAAGUAAACUGAACAAAACAUAUAAGGCUGAAAUAACCUUUUAGGUGCGCAGGUUGUCUCAGUCAAGCACUGUUAAGGCACAAAGAGGGGACAGUGUAUAGAACAUUUAUUCUUUUAUCUGGGAAAAUAAGGUUAAAUGCAAUUACCCAUAGUUAAUGAUGUACAAUUACAAAUCAGCACCUUAAGACUAACAACAGGUAACAACCCACCACUUAGAACGUUUCAGCUUUCCACUUUACAUCAAGAAAUACUUGGAGAAAAUGUGGAACUUGAUAUGAAGGGUGAUCUACUUCAUUUAAAUAUUUUCAUUUUAGUUCUGCACAUAAAGCCAUAUCUCUUCAUAUGCAUGCUGGAUAUGUGUAAAUGAAGACUUUGGGGGUUCUUUUAAUUUUGGAAGACUUGAAAUACUAAAUAAAUGCAUUUAUGAGUAACAGCUGUCCAGGACUUUAAAGAAAUUAUGGGGCAAAUUCUACUUUUUCAGUAAAGUCAAAAGACAAUUUCAUGUACCCUUAAAACACCCAUUUAAUUUGUAUGUGCAGAACGACAGAAGCUACAUGCAGGAUGUAGAGAAGCUAUAGAGAAGUUACGGAGACAUUCCUCCAAGAACUAGAAAGCUGUUCCUUGCAUAUGGGAGACUCUCCUAAAUAAAUUAAGUAAAAAAAAAAAUUACUUUUUUAAGAAUGUUGUGAUUUAAUGUUUAAAAUGCAAUUUUACAGAGUAAAUCAAAUUGGAUGUAAUUUCCUUCAGUCAGUCUCUCUGAAUGACACGGUCUUUAAUAAGCCAGAUUACUUCUCUUUGUACCACUUAGUGGAACAAUUUUGCCUAGGUGGGAACCGCAAUCUGUUUCUACAGAGUAACAGGCCGGGCUACCCUUUUUCUUAAUGCUCGGUCAGUGUAGCAGCGUGAGUUCAGUAUGGAAAAGCAAACUAGUUGUUAUUCAAGUGUCUUAAGGUGUCAGAUUCUCACAUUUAAAAGCCUUUACUUACAAACUGCUUUUCACGCUUCUCAAAACAAAUUCCAAGUCACUCGGCGGUAAAACGCAGCGCGUGCUGCAGU